UUUAAUUUGACUAUGACAUACCGUUUGGACUCUGACAUAGUUUGGAGUUAUAGUACAAUUAUCGACAAAGAAACUAAUAUUGCCACAGCACCGGCAUUGAUUCCAUAUUGGCGCAAAGUGGAUAGUGAAUGGACGCAGAAUAACAAGAGUUUAUCUAUAAUCAUUAAUAAUAAAAAGAAACUUAUAGCUUGGUUUGUCUCGAAUUGUCGUACCUAUUCAAAACGUGAACGGUUGGUAAAAGAAUUACAAAAAUAUAUUCCCGUGGAUAUAUUUGGAAAAUGUGGUGACUUAAAAUGCAAGUUUGGGUCUACCGAUUGUGAUGAAGUUUUAGACACUGAGUACAAAUUUUAUUUAAGUUUUGAAAAUUCGCUAUGCCUUGAUUACGUUACUGAGAAAUUUUACAAUGCGCUUAAAAGAAAUAUUGUACCUGUCGUAUUUGGAGGUGCAAAUUAUUCCAAGUUUGCACCUCCGCAAUCCUUUAUUGAUGCACAUGGAUUUCCGAGUGUAGAAGAGCUGGCUAAAUAUCUGUUACAUUUGAAUAACACUCCUAACGAAUAUGCACGUUAUUUCUGGUGGCGUCGUUUUUAUACUAUAAAAGGCAACACUAUCCCAUUUUGUGAUAUCUGCCAUCAUCUCAACAAGCCCGUCACACAGUACCGCACACAAAUUUACAAAAGUAUUGAUGACUACUGGCAUCAUAACACUUGUAUAGAUGCAACAUCCUAA